AUGAGAUUGCUAUAAAAAUAGACAAACAAUUUCAGAUUCCAGAAUUAUCUAAAAUAAAUAAUUCUGAUUGUUAAUGAUAUUAGAAAGAGUUUUGGUUACACAAUAGAUGUAACAAUUGAUUUAUAUGCAUAGAUAGGAUAUUAAUUAAAGGCAACUUCAAAAAAAUAAUGGUAUAUACUAAAUGUGAGUGAUGUUAAGUCAGGCCUUGAUGCUGAAUACAAAGAAAUUGUAGUGGAAGUAGGGUUAAAGACUAUGGCAUAAUAACAUAAUAAAAACACUUUUUGA